AUGUUACAAUCAUUUACUGUAAUAUUCGUUUUAUUGUGCUGUAUUACAUCAUUCAUUAGACAAAACUAUUUUAUCACACAAGUACUUGCCAUUAAUGAUUUGAAAUCAAAAUACACAGAUAAAUCACUCAGUUUACACAUACCAAAUUUAAACUCAGAUAAAUCCAUUGUUCACAAUACUGUUAACAAUGAUCCUACUUAUAAUAAUAAUAAUAUUAAUAAUAAUAAUAAUAAUAAUAAUAAUAAUAAUAAUAUACAAACAAUGUCAAAAUCAUCAUUAAAAAAUAAAUCACAAUCAUCAUUGACAACAUCUACAAAUUUCUUACAUAACACAUCGAAUUCUAUUGAACGUAAUUUUCAACUAACCAAUCAAAUUGGUGGAUUAGGCUUGGUAUCAUCAUCAUCAUCAUCAGUACAAAAUCGUAUUAGUCUUGAUACAUUAUCACAUACAACAAAAACUUCAUCAAAUAUAAUUGAGCAUAAUUCUCCAUUGUUAAUGAAUUCUUUAGAUAAUAUGAAAAAGUCGAAAAAUAAUCAACCAUUCACUGAUUGGCCAACAUCAUUAGCUUCAGAAGAAUAUAGUAAAAUUAAUAUGCGUAUUAUGGGUCAACCGAUUGAUUCAAGUGUUGUUAGUCAUUUACAUCCAGAUGUAUCACCGCAUAAAGCAAAAAAACUACGUAAAAUUUUAUCUGGCAGUUUAGACAAAGAAUGGACAUCAGAAACACCGCCAAGAGUAUUAAGGCAACGUGGUAUAUCUGGUUCAUUGAAUACAAAUAAUCAGGAAAGUUAUUCAACAAUCGAUACAAAAUUAUUAAAAGAAAUUAGAGAAUUAAAUUUUACAUUUCGUAAUUCAUAUGGUGUAUAUUUUACACUAACUGAAGAACAAAUUCAACCAUAUCGUUUUUGGUUAAUUGAACGAGCUACUUGUGAAAUGGAUUUUAUAUGGGAAGAUUUAGGUCCAUUAUUUUGGCCACGUUGGAUACGUAGAGGUGUUUGCUUAAAUCGUCCAGGACAUUCAUGUUCAUGGCCAUCUGGUAUGAAAUGUCGACCAUCUGGUUCACGUGCAUUACAAUUAUUACAUUGGAAAUGUGAAGAUGCUGCACAAGUACAAACUAGAGAACAUGCUGCUGAUCAACGUAUACGUCGUCGUGUAUCAAUGAAUACAUUUCAUUCAGGUUUUUAUGAAAUGGAACCUGUUACUGAUAUUAUUAAAUCGAAACAAAAAAGAGAUACUUAUGCACGUUUAAGUUUAAAAGAUAAUUCACUACAUGUUAAUUCAUAUCGUAAAUUACAAGCACGUAAUCUUGGUAAUUCACAUUAUCAUACAAAAACAUCAUGGAUCAAUAUUAAAUCAUCUGAACCAUCAUCAUCAUCAACAUCAUCAUCAUCAUCAUCAUCAUCAGGAUCAUCUUCAUUACCUUUACACUUAGAUCAAAGUUCAAAAGAUGAAAGACGUCGACGUCGUGCCAGACGUUUAAUUAAACGUCUUAGUGUAACAGCUAAUGGAUAUCAUUGUUAUUGGCAAGUACAAAAAUAUUUAAUUAGUGACCGUUGUUCUUGUUUAUGUUCAUAA